UCAAUCCACUUACUCGAGAAUUUUUGUAGCUACGGCGACGAAAAGGGCGCGUCCGAGAUGAUCUUCUCCUACGGGUUUCUCGAGAGCGGCGUGCCGAACGCGAGACAGCUGUUCCUCAGCCUGGACAUUCCCGACGACGACCCUCUCAAACUCGUGAAGAAGAAAAUCUGCAAGGAUGCGCCCGGGGUGCGACUCUAUGUGGACGACGACGAGGCCGGGUCUACGGGAUGGGAGAGCCCGUUCGUAUGGUGGGCGUGCGUGAACGAGGAAGACGGGCUUGAGUUCGAGGUGCUACAGACGCAGGAUGGAAGCCGGGAGCUGAAAGCGUCCUGGAAGGGGAAGGAGAUCGGGACUACUUCUUCAGAGUGCUCCUCUUUGAAAGAUAUGAUUUCAGCAGAUCCAUUAUGGGACGUCUUUCAGCUUCGCGCGGUGGUCCUCCUGCAAGGCCGUCUGGAGAGGCAACUGUCGAUGCUCGAGGAGACGGAAGAAGCGUUCUCGAGCGUCGAACACGACGAGGACGGCACAAAGACGGGGAUUCGCAGCGCUGUGUACACGACGAUCAAGAGACUGCGGGCCCUAGAGACGGACCUGCUGCGGAGGGGGAUUCAGGAUCUGACCCGGACGAGAGAUAAUCUGAUGGCGUCUGAGACGGUUCAGAAAUACCUCAGCGAACAGCCAGCGUCCACCGAAACCGAAGAAGAUUUUUCCUAG